UCAGGCAUGAAGCCAGUGAUUUUCCAUGCAAAGUGGCCAAACAUCCCAGAAACAAAAACAGAAAUAGGUACAGAGAUGUCAGCCCCUUUGAUCACAGUCGGAUUAAGCUAAACCAAGGUGACAAUGACUAUAUCAAUGCUAGUUUGAUAAAAAUGGAAGAGGCCCAAAGGAGCUACAUCCUUACCCAGGGACCUUUGCCAAAUACUUGUGGUCACUUCUGGGAGAUGGUUUGGGAACAGAAAAGCCGUGGUGUUGUCAUGUUGAACAGAGUGAUGGAAAAGGGAUCCAUAAAGUGUGCACAGUACUGGCCACGGAAGGAGAAGAAAGAAAUGGUUUUUGAAGAUACAAACUUGAAACUAACAUUGAUAUCUGAAGAUAUAAAAUCCUACUACACAGUACGACAGCUGGAAUUGGAAAACCUGACUACCCAGGAAACCCGAGAGAUUCUGCACUUUCACUACACCACCUGGCCCGACUUUGGUGUCCCGGAGUCGCCGGCGUCGUUCCUGAAUUUCCUGUUCAAGGUGCGGGAGUCGGGCUCGCUGAGCCCCGGGCACGGCCCGGUCGUGGUGCACUGCAGCGCUGGCAUCGGGAGGUCGGGCACCUUCUGCCUGGUGGACACCUGUCUGCUGCUGAUGGACAAGCGGAAAGAUCCUUCCUCCGUGGACGUCAAGCAGGUUCUCCUGGAAAUGAGGAAGUACAGGAUGGGGCUGAUCCAGACUGCAGAUCAGCUCCGGUUCUCCUACUUAGCUGUUAUUGAAGGGGCAAAAUUCAUCAUGGGAGAUGCUUCAGUGCAAGAGCAGUGGAAAGAGCUCUCCAAUGAAGACCUGGAGCCACCCCCUGAGCACACCCCCCCACCUCCCAGGCCCCCAAAGAGAACCUCAGAGCUGCACAACGGGAGGAUGCACGAGCACCCCGAGUUCUCCCCGAGGCAGCAGGCAGCAGAGGAGGAGAGCAGCUGCUCAGUGGGCAGCGUGGAGCAGGCGGCUCCGGACGGCAGAGCCCGCGCGGCCGCACCAGCCAGCACAGACAGCACUAGUCACGACACUGAACCCCGGAGGAGAACUGUUGGUGAGAACCCGCGGCUCUCGCCCCGCAAGGAGGAGUCCGUGAAGGAAAACUCGGAGGAGGAGGAUGAGAACGUGGUGGCGACUUGGAAGCCCUUCCUAGUGAAUAUCUGCAUGUUCACUUUCCUCACAGCAGGAGCUUAUCUCUGCUACAGGGUGUGUUUCCAUUGACCAGUGCCCCGGACUCAGCUCAGCUCCUCGGAGCCCCUCGAGGCAGGGCAGCCUUGGCUCAGAGCAGUCUUUCUAGAUUUAUAGCACUUAACCACCCUCAGUGCAGCCCUCGCUGUGCAGGAGCCCAGGGGAGCCCUCCACUCCGUAUUUAUUUUUGCCAAGCUGGCUGUAGGUGUAGCUCUUCCUUCAGUGGCGUGGGCAGGACCCUGCCCUGAGGCACCAUUUGUACCCCUUUGUAUUAAAGUGCAUGUGAAGUCUGCGGUGUCCCGGUGAAACACCACGUGCUUGAAAGGUGACAGAACUUAUAUUCCUGCUUCCUGAUGUGCCCAAAUGAUACUUGCAUGACCUGAUCCUUAGUGGCUGUGGUUCAGAGGGUGUUGCUGAGUCUCUCUGUUCAGCACUGGACUGAUUGGUGUUUAUCAGAGCCCAUGUACUCGCCUAAUCCUUGGCAUGACUUCCCGUGGGAUCCCGUGUGCUCCGUGUGCCGGUGGUAGCAUGUUCCUUUCAGCUGAGUGAGUGUAGUACAGACAUUCCAGAGAGCUCAGGCAGCCCUUCCACACCUCCCCUGGCACUGGGACACCUGGGGAAAGAAACAAGCCCACCCACCUCUGGCCACCUUCCCAAGAGGGUGUGUUUUAAAUCCUAGGUAUGGCAGGAAAACAAAAGAUCCUUCCUUUCAAUACAGAGAGUUAUUUAAUUGCGAAUGAUUCUACCCAGACAAAGUUCCUGCAGAUGCCAGAAGAGCUUCGAGCAUCCUCUUCGUGCCUGUUUCUUUCCUGUGUUCCAGGCCUGGCUCUGACCUGUGGGGCACGCUGAGUGUGCCCAGAGCCCAGGGAGGUGUGGGCAGGCUGGCAAUCCCGAGCUGUGCCCAUUUUGUUUGCUGUCCUGUACUGUCUGUGGUAGUUGGGGGGUGUAUAUACCGUAGCACAGUGGGGUGUUGGGUAACCUGUUCUUGGAAAUGGACAAACAUCCAUGUUAGACUCGUUAGAAAGUUAGUGAGCUGCUCUGCUAUCUGCCUUAAGCAAAUAUUUACUCAUCAGGUCUUUCUUUUUUACAGAUUGCCAUAGAAUAAACUUUUAUAAAAAAAAAUGUAAAAACUCAAGAAAAAAGCUGAAUGUUUUGGUAUAAUACAGUUUCAGGUAUCUUGUCUUUUGUGUAAACCGCUGCUGGGCCUCCCAGGUUAGAGUACAACUGUACAGUUUUUCAAUCUCCCAUACAAGUUUUCAGUUCUCAUUUUAGUUGUAACAAUAAAACUCUUUUUUUUAA